AUGGCUUCUCGACAUGGAUUUUCUCUCCAGUGUUCUCUUCCUACUGGCAAGGUUCUUUCGGCCGGCGAAGUCGAUGCUUGGGAGCUGAAAGCAGCGCGAAGAGGUCUCAAAAAUCUAAAGACAUUGCUCGAAGGGCAAGCGAUGCUUGAUCUGCUUACAAAGCAAAUCGAGGAAAGUGACGCUUACUUCAAAGCCAUUAUUGCCAAGUCGAAAGGCCAGUUCAACGAGUCUCGGAUCGACUUUAAGGCGAAAGGAAUCACAUCAUCUCAGUUCCUGGAGUGGUUCAAGGUCAUUGGUGGCAGGCAAACGACGGAAGGCAGGAGGCAAUUCUUCCUCGACACCAUGGCACCAGCGCAUCCGGAGCAUUACGCACUUGGUCCAUAUCCGAUGGGCAUUAUUGAGACGAUUGGACUGCACGUUUGCCGACUACGAGUCGACAACGCUGUCGAAGUCCCAGACUUCGUUAAAGCGUAUGGCGACGCCUCGUACGGCAAGAAGUUGCCUGUGACUGGUUUUCUCGAUGACGGCACGCUUUUUUUUUACGGUUUCCAGGAGCUUCGCGACACUGACGACGGGUGCGAUUUCCGAUUUCGGAUUAUCUUUCCCGCCGCGGCGCCUCAAGAUCUCUUCGACGAACACACUGAGCAUCUUGCUAUUGAGUUCAGGAGCUGGAUCGCAACUGCUUUCGAGAGCUACCAGAAGUAA